AUGAGCACUCAGCCUCCUCGAAUCAACACCGAAGGGCCUUUCGAGGAGGAGAGGCUUCCUUCCUACAGACCCGAGCAAUUCUAUCCAGUCCACAUAGGGGAGUUGUUGAAAUCAAGAUAUAAGGUUUUAGGAAAGCUUGGAUAUGGGUCUUACUCAACAGUAUGGUUAUGCCGUGACAUGAGCAACCGUGACUAUGUCGCCGUGAAAGUUUUAGCAACAAACAUGUCGGAGCAAGCGUCAUCAAGGGAGGUGGAUGCUUAUGAACACCUAAGCAGGCUGGGCUCGCAGCAUAUCGGAGGUGCCUAUAUUCGCGGCCUCUAUGAUACCUUCGAUAUAUCUGGUCCAAAUGGCGUCCACGGAUGCUUGGUGCAGCCACCGAUGCAUAUGUCAAUCCAUGAGCUGAGAGUGCGAGCUGAAUCUUGCAAGUUCAGUCCGCCACUGCUAAAACAAACCCUCAUUUGCAUCUUACAGGCCCUCGACUUUCUCCAUCGCGAAGCAAAAAUCGUCCAUUCGGAUAUCAAGGCUUCGAAUAUCAUGCUGAAUAUUGAUGAUGCAUCAAUCCUUGCGGAGUUUGAAAAGGCCGAAGAAGAAAAUCCAAGUCCGCGGAAGAUUGUGGACAGCAAUCGGACAAUUUACAAAUCGCGGAAGCUCUCCUCUCCCAGAGAUGGCCUAUGGGGCCAACCGGUAUUGUGCGACCUUGGAGAGGCCAGGAUUGGAACAUGUCACACGGGGAAUAUCCAACCCAAUAUCUACAAAGCCCCCGAGGUGCUUUUUGACAUGAAAUGGAGUUUCAGCGCUGACAUAUGGAACCUUGGCGUCAUGAUCUGGGAUAUCUCUGAAAACAAACAUAUGUUCAAUGCGCUUGAUGAGGACGGGGAGUACUCACCUUCCCAUCAUGUGGCUGAAAUGGUAGCAUACCUCGGAAUGCCACCACUUCACUUUCUCCAGCGCAGUCAGGAGACUCGCCAUGUUUUUGGCGAAGAUGGUAACUGGUUAGGUGCGGGUGAUGUCACUAUCCCAUCGGUGUCGUUGGAGAGAUCAGAGGAAAGCCUCAGUGAACAAGACCAGCAGACUUUUCUUCGCUUUAUGCGGGGCAUGUUGCAAUGGGUCCCUGAGGAGAGAUUGACGGCGAAAGAGUUAUUGGAUGAUCCGUGGUUGAAUGAUUCACGAGUUAGAUACAUUUCUGUACUCCGACCUUAA